AUGAACUCCACGUUCGACCCUUCCUCCUCUUCCUCUUCCUCCUUCUCCUCCUCCUCCAUGCCCAUGCCACUGGCAGCAAACCUCAGCUCAGUCGUCCAGACGCCCCUGUUUCCGCGAGACAGCUUCGGCGCGGCGCUGGCCAAGAACAUCGUGUCCAUGCUGGGGAUUAAUAAACCCCUGUUUCCGCGGGACAGCUUCGGCGCGGCGCUGGCCAAGAACAUCGUGUCCAUGCUGGUGUGGCUGGCCCUCACGGUCAUGAACUGCAGCAUGGUACGCGCCUUCCUGCGCCACAGCGUCUUCUACGAGGACCCGCGCUACGUCAUGUUCAUCGCCAUGGUGCUGAACGACACGCUGCAGCUGGCGCUAGUCACGGCGCUCUACGUGGUCAGCUACGCCUUCUCGCGCAUCCACGCCGGCGUCUGCAGCGUGCUGAUCGUGGCCGCCACCACCACCACGCGCGCCACCCCGCUCAUCCUGGCCGGCAUGGCGGUGGAGCGCUACGUCUCCAUCUGCUUCCCGCUGCACUACGGCCACAUGUGCACGCUGGGACGCACGCUCUGGCUCAUCCUGGGCGUCCUGGCGCUCACCUCGGCCGUGCCGCUGACCGACCUCUUCAUCACGCUGGCCACGCGCCCGCCCAACGUCCACUUCCGCGCCGCCAUCUUCUGCGACCACUCCAUCGUGUUUGCGGGCGAAGCCAUCUACAUCAAGAACUGCAUCGUGGACACAGUGUACCUGUCCUUCGUCUUCCUCACCAUCGUCUACACCUACGUGAAGAUCAUGCUGGCGGCGCGCGCGGCGGCCUCCACGGACUACGUGUCGGUGCACCGCGCGCGCAACACGGUGCUCCUGCACGGCGUGCAGCUCCUGCUGUGCAUGCUGGCCUUCGUGGUGCCGUCCAUGCAGGCGCCGCUCAUCCGGCUGUUCCCCAUGCACCACCUGGAGAUCCGCUACGUCAACUUCCUGCUCGUCUACAUCAUCCCGCGUUUCCUGAGCCCCAUGAUCUACGGCUUCCGCGACGAGAAGUUCCGGCGCUACUGGCUGCAGCACCUCCUCCGCACCUGCCGCCAAGGAGGCCGCGGGGGGGCCAAGAGGGUCAGGCCGGGUCGGGGUGGCGGGGGUCAGGGUGGGGGUGGGGGUGCGGGUGGUGCGGCUGGUUUUAAAAUGGCGAGCAAGCUGGGAGAGCCUCUCAGGUCCUAG